AUGGCAGCCAACACCACCAAGAAGAAGGGCACGAUUGAGUGCCUUCCAGUCGAGCUCGUCCAACGCGUGUAUGGCGAGCUGGACCUGCCCUCGAUCACGGCCUUCGCCCUUACUUCCAGACGCUUCUAUGAGACUCUCCGACGUGAUUUGGGCAUCAUCCUCUAUAAGGUGGUGCAGAACUAUGUCGGUUUAGACAUCAUGCCUCUCGCGGUCGCUCAUUUCGAGGCGAACAGAGAGGAGUGGAAGUCGGCAGCAGAGACCGCUAGGAUCCUGAAAUCAGUCUACAUCAUGCAGAUCAUCCGAAGCCUGAUGCCCUGCAACACCCCAGCAGUCCUCGAGUGUGUCCUUCCAGAUACGAAGAAACUCAUGCGCCAUGCUCUGUUACUCUUUGAUAGACAUGGGAUUAGCAUUCCAAGGCUAGUUGGCAAGAAUGGGAAGGCAUGGCUACAGCAGGAAUUAUCGCAGCUGUCGCAGCUUUUCUUGGAUUACGACGACUGGAGCAUACCGUUCAUUUGGCCAGCUCACCCCGAUGGCAGCUGGAGUUGGCUCGUGGGUCCUGGCGAAGUCAAGAUGAUUCGCCGCCAGGAUCUCAGAGUCUUUUUCUCCCGGCAUCCGCAGCCGGAAGGGAGCCUUGCCGCUGAGCUAUGGCUAGAACAUAUGCUUUUCAUGGGAUGCCACCGCGAUCCCGGCAUAUUUUCGUUUCUACGCAAGCGCGGCGAUGAAAUCCUGUUCUGGGACAAGGAGCGAAUGAAAAAAGUCUACGGCGACGAGGAGGAUCCUCCACAUAUCAUGGAAGAGAUCAUGGACGCCUUUGUGGGCCAGGUCGUCGACUACACUUCGCACCGACCUGACUAA